GCACCCCCCGUGACGGAGGUGAAAAGGGACAAAUUGGAACGUUCGGACGACGCCAGUAAUUUGGAUCGUGACAGCAAUUCGGAUCACGCCUGCCAUUUGGACCACGCCAGCCAUUCGGACCACGUCAUCCAUUCGGAACACGCCUGCCAUUCGGACCACUCCUCCACCUUGGAGCCAUCCGACUUGGCCCGAGACGCCGGCUGGGAGGCUCCCGAUAUUUCGGACCAUUCUCAGGCGGUUCGCUCUAAUGGAGGGGCACUCGAAAAGGAGGAGGAUGAGGAGGAUGAGGAUGCGCAGCAUGGGGGGGGGCCGGCCGAUGGGAAAGGAGAAGAGGUCGAAGAGGUCGACGAGGCCGAAGUGGAGGAGGAAGAGGACGAAGCAAACCCCGAGAAGUGCCGAAAAGACCAAUGGGAGGAAGGCCAAACGGAAAAACAGGAGCAGCAUGGGGAAGAAGAAGCAGAGGCAGACGAAGUAGAGGAGGAGGCAGAGGCAGGCGAAGCAGAGGUAGACGAAGCAGGGGCAGACGAAGUACCGGCAGACGAAGCAGAAAUGGUGGAGGUCCAGGAAGAUACGCCAGGCGUGGAAGAAGCGAGGCAGGGGGGAAUUGAAGCGGGACCUGAGAGGGGAGAAGCAUCGGAGGGGAGCAGUCUGCCUCCAGGCGAGCCUACCACGGAGGAGGCAGUGGAACGUGGAGAAGUAGGAAGCGCCGAUGUCCCGUCUAGGGAGCCCCUGGCCAAGAUAAACACCCCAGAGGAAGCAACAACCAAAAGGACAGAUAUCAUUAGGAAAAUACUGACCAGGAACGAAGAGGAGCAGCAGGAGCAGAAGCAGAAUCAGGAGCUGAAGCUGAACGCGGAUCAACAAAUGGAAGAAAAAACUGCUCACACGUUCAGCGAGGCCAUCAUAUAUAGUCUCCUCCAACUGAGGAGCGGGAAAAUGGCAAGUAGCUUCGAUCAGUUAAAACAGUACGAUAUAAAACUGAAUGGAACCGAUUUGAAUAAGACGGUUAAAAAGUAUCACUCGAGGGGGGACCUGUUCCUCUAUUACAUGCGUUAUGUGCAACGGCAGGAGAGGGAGGCUCAGCGCCUGUACGAGAAUUUUCAGACAGCAAACAAGGAGGUGCAAACUGUUAGGAGGAGAUUCAGAUUAAAUUACGGAAGCACUCCCACAGAGACUGACCUAAACCAAGAGGUCUACACGAGAGAUAAGCAAGUGAGGAGAGCACAGAUAUUGCUGGAAAACAAACUUAGCAGUUUUGAAAAAUUGGCCAAUGUGAAGGAGGCGUACAGAAUAGUGGAUGAAGUUCGGCUGCAGUUGGGGCAGGUACUAAGCGGAGGAGAGGCAGAAGGAGACCUUCGAAAGGGGGGGACCCCUCUUGCGAUUAAAAAUUACUUGAAAAAUGGCAUUACAGAUAGGAGAGAAAACAUGAAUAAAAUUUCGUCGAGGGGAAAAACAAACGGAGAGCUGCUCAACCUUCAUUCUAAGUAUGACAAUUUCCGCAGCGACGUCCAAGCUCUUGUCAAAAUGAUGACUCUUUUGUAUGCCCGAUUUAGCGAUAGGAAGAGACCUCCAAACGAGGAGGACACGAAUGACACCUUAAACGAAAUAAAGAUCUUUGCGUAUGACAGGAAAGUUAAAAAAAUCAUUCGAAAUUUGAACAGCCCUACUAAGAACGGAGUCCCCAUACAGCCAUGGAAAGGGAAGGAAGUAGCGGGGGGGUUAAGCGGAGGGUCACAGUUCCGAAGCGGGACCAACACAAGGGGAAGAAGCAGAAGAAGGGGAGCCUCCUCCUCCUACCUCUCCUCCCCCUACUUCUUCUCCACCUCCCCCUCCCCCCCAAUGGUAUUCAUUUUAGACAUUAAAAAAAAAACCUGGAGAAAUUCCUGCUCCACAAUGACAGAGUCGAGAUUGUCGACAAGCACACCAUCCUGUACCUCCGGGAGGUGUAUCACUUUGACCACAUAUUCAUAA